AUGGGAGAACGAAACCUUGAGAAAGAAAUGCAUCGUAUCCUCCAAUCCUCUUCUAAAUUGCGUGAAUAUAAUAGUAUGUUGCGGGAUAAAUAUAUAAAACAAGAUGAGGAUUUUGAUCAAGAAAGAAAGGGAUGGGAUCGGGAUAGAAAAAAGUGGAGUAAAAAACUAGGAGGGGUUGUUACUGAGAAUCAAAACCUGCAGUUUGAUAAUGCUAGUAAAGCUAUUUCUCUUGCUAAUUCUAAAUUUGAGAUUGAUAUAAAAUCCAAGGAAAUUACAACACUUCGGUCUAUGAAAAAAAUAUUAGAAGGUAGAUUAACAUCGGCUCAGAAUGACGCAGUUUCGACCCAGGAAGAGAUAUUAAAAAAAGAAUCCGAGGUCAUGUCUCUCAAGUCUGAAUUGGUAGAUUUAAAGAACGAAUUAGUUUCAAAGAUUAGUGAGCUUGAGCGUCUAAAAUCGGAGGCUAUAUCGAAACCUGUGAUUGGUGGAAAUGACGAAAAAAAUAUAAUCAAGGAUAGUGAUCUCAGUAAAUAUUUUAUACGUGGAAAAAAUAUGGAUCCAAUAGAAAAAAUUGAUGGUAAUGCACGAAGUGCACUUUCUAUGAAAGAUAUGUCGACAUAUACUAAUGAUGAGAUUACUGAACUAUCAAAAAAUGAUACCGAGAUCAACCCCAAGAUAAAUGAGGAAACUAGUAUUAGCGAAACUAACAAAGAUAAUAGCGAAGCUAGUGCUAAAGCACAUAUGCUAGAUAUAUCGAUAAAACCCAAUGUAUCACAUAUUAUAUCUGAAAAUAUGACUCCGCACCUUGCACAGCCGGAAAAUAAUAUAUCCUCAUUGAUUGAAUCGAAUUCCCAGAUUCCAAUAGAAGGGAUAGGAGCAAUUCCCAUUGUGGCAGGCACUUUGAUGUCACCUCUAUCGGCAUAUAUCUUUCUUACCCUGUUAAUUAUUGCCGUUAUGUGGUUCGUUAUAUUGAGACGUACAUGGGGGUUGGAGAGGAAAAGUGAAUGGUUACGGAAUGCGUGGGCUGGAUAA